UUGUUUACUUUUUGAGUUUUUGUGCAUUUUGUGAUUACGUUGUUUUGUUUAUUUUAUCGUAUUGUGUUGAAAAUAAAUUAUACUAUAUAUUUUUUUCUAGAACAUGUCUAAAGAUAAGUGUAGAAUCUGUUUAAAAAAAGGAAUGAUGUUAUAUAUAUUUGAAGAAAGUUAUUCAGUAACACUAGCUUCAAAAAUAAUGUCAUUAGCUAAUAUUCAAAUACAUAUAAAUGAUGGUUUACCGAGUACAAUAUGUAGAAAAUGUGAACGUAAAUUAGAUUGCUGUAUAGAAUUUGUUCAACAGUGUGAAACUUCUGAUAAAAAACUUAAAGCAUUAUUAUUACCACAAGACACCAAAACUAAAGACGAAAUAAAAAUCGAAGAUACUUUAUGUGUAUUACCUAAAAAUGAAAAUAGUGAACAUAAUUUCAUAGAGGAAGAGUCAAAGCAUUCAACUACUAGUGAAAAUGUAUCAGUACUGAAGGAUUUUCCGACAUCAUCUGAAGAUAGAACUGAAAUAAAAGUAAGAACUCAUAGAAAAACUGAAAAGCAGCAAUGUUUUACAUGUGGAAAAAUUAUGUCUUCAAGGUUUCGUUUAAAAACACAUUUGAGAAUACAUUCUGGAGAGAGACCAUUUUCAUGUCCACAUUGCAGUAAAACUUUUACAUUGGCACAGAAUCUUAAAAUACAUUUAAGAAUUCACACAGGGGAAAAGCCACUGAAAUGUACAGAAUGUGAAGCAACAUUUGCUCAUUCGUCAGGACUUAGUGCACAUAUGCGUAAGCAUACAGGGCAUACGCCAUAUUGCUGUACGUUAUGCCCUCGAAGUUUUCGUACUUUUGGCCAUCUGCAGUACCAUGUUCGGCGCCAUACAGGGGAAAAGAAUUUCGAGUGCGACGCUUGUGGCCGGAUGUUUAUCACUCGAAGCCAACUGAAGCAGCAUGUCGUUAGUCAUUCCGGUGAAAAGCCCCAUGUGUGCUCCGAGUGCGGGCUUCGGUUGUCACGAGCCUCGCAUCUGCGAAGACACACGCAACUUGUUCACAAUUUGCAUCGACCGGAACAAAAGGAACCUACACGGACUAAUUCUCCGUCCAAAGAUCAAGCCAAGGCAGACAUUUCUGAUGCGCAGCCAUCAGAAAGCUGAAGUUACAACAGAUAUUUAAAAUUUCCAGCCAUUUAGGAAUUAUGCGAUGGACCGUUUUUAUUUAAUUUAUCCUUUAAAAGAUCAUUAUUAAAAAAUAGGAAGAGGUGUGCUCUAGUGGUUAAUGUAAUGAAAAUUAUUUUA